CCUGAUAAAGAGAAGAAAAAGAUCAUUCGAGAAAUUGUUCAGAUUAUUUUGUCUCGCAAUCAAAAAACAAGUAGUUUUGUUGACUGGAAAGACCUCAAGCUUGUUUACAAAAGGUAUGCUAGUUUGUAUUUCUGCUGUGCAAUAGAAGACCAGGAUAAUGAGCUCCUGACACUAGAGGUCGUUCAUCGAUAUGUAGAACUUCUGGACAGAUACUUUGGAAACGUGUGCGAGCUGGAUAUUAUCUUUAAUUUUGAAAAAGCUUAUUUUAUUCUUGAUGAGUUUAUAAUUGGUGGAGAAGUACAAGAAACUUCAAAGAAGUCUGCAGUGAAAGCCAUAGAAGACUCUGACAUGUUGCAGGAGACCGUGGAAGAGUACAUGAACAAGCCUGCAUUUUAAUGUUAAAACUACCUGGAGAGAGAACUGCUGUAUGCACCUGUAAAAUGUACCUCCUGAAAUUGCUUCCCAAUGUGCCAGAUCCUCGGAGAAAUACCAAAAACCAAUAACUAAAGGAGUUUGUAUAAUGGUGAAGAUGAAGGUCAGCUAAUGUAGCAGAGGGUUUAACAAUUCUGUACUCGCAUUACUCUGCAUAUGAGUCUCUCAGAGUUGUUAUUCCCCUUGAUCUAGUUUCUUUUCUCCUUGCUGGACUAAACACUUGUUUUGUACCAUGUCUUUUAGCUACAGGUUUUGUCAUCAUAAAAUGUUAGUCUUGACAGUACUUUCAAGAGGUAUUUUUACUAGUUUUGGUCCCCUGCUGACCAUAUGACUCUACUUUUGUACAAAUGUCCAUUAUUUUGAAUGUAAUGAUUAUUCUGCUCUAUUAAUAAUUUUUUUUCUAAAAGCAAAA